ACUGUGUAGUGUUUUUUGUUAAGUCGUUUACUCGUUUAGUGUGUCACCUAACGUGGUGGUGUUCCGUUGAACUUUGUUAUUCAUACAGGUGCGAUCGAUUAUGCCUGUUGAUUAUUAUUGAAUUGUUAAACUAAUAAACUAUAAUUAUUAUUUUUACUAAAAUGUUUUAAGUUAAACAAAAAAUUGUAUUAGCUUAUUAUAGUUUUUAGUGGUUUUUUUAACACACAAGAUUUAGGUUUGAAAAUUACAAAUGAAUACUCCAUUUGUUGAAGGAUGGAACAUUGUUCAAAUAUUGGGCGAAGGAACAUUUGGCGAAGUAAAACUUUUAGUAAAUCAAAAUACUCAAGGCUCUGUAGCCAUGAAGACAAUUGAUUUACAAAACUAUUCCGAUGCAUUGGAUAUGGUAAAAAAAGAAGCAGCUAUUCAUUGCAGAUUGAAUCAUCCGAGUAUAAUAAAAUACUAUGGCCAACGUCAUUGCAAAGAUAAUUACUAUAUAUUUUUAGAAUAUGCAUCUGGAGGUGAACUAUUUGAUCGAAUUGAACCUGAUAUUGGAAUGCCACUGUCUGAUGCUAGAAAGUUUUUCAAAGAGUUGAUUGCUGGAGUUGAGUAUUUACACAGUAAAGGUAUAGCUCAUAGAGAUUUGAAACCAGAAAAUUUAUUAUUGGACGAAUACGGAAAUCUCAAAAUAAGUGAUUUUGGAUUGGCCACUUUAUUUUUAUGUGGUGAAAAACGGCGUAAACUGGAUAAGAAUUGUGGAACUAGACCUUAUUUAGCUCCAGAAGUUCUUUCACUUUUACCUUAUCAAGCAGAACCUUCUGAUAUAUGGUCAUGCGGUAUUAUACUAGUUUCAAUGCUCGCUGGAGAGUUACCUUGGGAUAUGCCAUCUGAUAAUGAUGAAGAUUAUAAAUUGUGGAAAACUACUGACUAUUCUAAUCAUUCACCAUGGUGUAAAUUAGAUACUUUAGCUUUGUCUCUUGUGAGAAAGAUAUUAACACCAACACCAUCUAAAAGAUAUGAUAUAUCUCAGAUUCAAUCACAUCUUUGGUUCAAAAAGUCAGAAACAUUUGAUAAUAAAAAAGUUGGAAUUUCUGUUCGGUCCGACAGAGAUGUAGACGAUGAUCGUCAUUGUUAUUCUCAACCAGCUCCAGCUGCUAUUUCGUUUACUACAUCCAUGUUGUCUAGUGAAUCUGAAAUACACUCAUUUUCCCAGCCAACACAGGUUGAUGAUCUACUGCUUUCUUCACAACUUUUAACAUCACAGUCCAUCUCCACACCAAAUAAUUCUUUACAGAAAUUAGUCAAGAGAAUGACUAGAUUUCUUGUUUGUUUGUCGCCGGAAGAAGCAUUAACUAACUUAUCACUAUUCCUCGAUGAUUUGGGAUAUACAUGGAAAAUCAACUCACCUAGUUUGGUUACAAUUACUACUACAGAUCAGCGCUUAGUGUUUAAAUCUAAUGUAAUUCCAAUGAAUCAUCAAACUCUGAUUGACUUCAGACUUUCAAGAGGCUGCGGUUUAGAAUUCAAGCGUCAUUUUGUUUCCAUUAAAAAUGCUAUGUCUAAAUUGAUUUCCAAAGUUCCAUUUGUGUGGCCUAAUGCUACUAAACCUGAAAUUGUACCAUAAACUUUUGGUAGUGUUAUGAGUACAAAUAAGACUGAUUUAUGAUAAAUUGAUUAAAUAUAAUUUUACUUAUGCUGCACCUAGCUCCAAUGA